GGGAGGGGCUGCGGCUGCUGCCGGCAGGAGAAGGUGUCAGUGCGGGAUCUCCGGAGCACUCAGCAGCCGGGGGAUGGAGGGGGGCGGCCGGCCACACUGCACGGGGGCUCCGGAGAGAGAGGAGCAGCAGCCGGACUGAGGGGACCAGCAUGAGACAUCCCAGCAGCGGCAGCUUCUCCCCGCAGCAGUAAGAUGGCCGCCUCAUCAAACCAUUCGCUCAUCGCUGUCGCCUUUUUCCUGCCGACGUUCCUGACCCUUCAGACGCAGGCCUGCCCAGCCGAGUGUCGCUGCUACAGUAUGACCAUGGAGUGCGGAUCCAAGGGGCUGAAGACCGUGCCACUCAAUAUCCACCCCUCCACGCAGACCGUGUUCCUACAAGAUAACGCAAUAGCCCAGAUCCAGCAGCAGGACUUGUCUCCUCUGUCAGCGCUCCAGUACCUGUACAUGCAGAACAACAGCAUCUCUGGCCUGGAACCUGGAGCCUUCAGAGCUCAGCACCACCUGGUGGAACUGGCCCUCAACGGGAACCGGAUCCACCUCCUCAACAGCAGCAUCUUCAAAGGCCUGGAGAACCUGCGGGUGCUGUACCUGGCAGGGAACCAGAUCACCAGGCUCCUGGCACACACCUUCUCGGACCUGCAGAGACUACAGGAGCUGCAUUUACAAGAGAACAACAUCGACACCCUGCAGGAACAGGCGUUCUCCGGGCUUUCCUCUCUGGCCCUGCUGGACCUCAGCAAGAACAGCCUGCACACGAUAAGCCGCGCAACUCUCCGGCCCCUGAUCAGCUUGCAGGUGCUCCGGCUGACAGAAAACCCCUGGAGGUGCGACUGUGCGCUGCACUGGCUCAGGGCCUGGCUGAAAGAAGAAGGAAGACGUCUUCUCACCUCCUUCGACAAGAAGGUCAUCUGUUCUGAGCCACCAAGACUGUCUCACCAGAGUUUGUUGGACAUCUCUGGGAACAGUCUCGUGUGUAUUCCGCCGGUGGCUCUGGUAGAUCCGAUGGAGAGAACAGCUAGCCUUGGGGAUGAACUGCGGGUCUCGUGCCGAGCCACCGGAUAUCCCCAGCCAUUGGUAACCUGGCGGAAAGUUGCGCACGCCCGCACGAGUCUCCCCAGGGUCAGUGUAAAGUCCGCCAGCAGCAGAACCUUUGAGCUCAGCGAGAGGAGCGUGGGCGAGCAAUUUGCCUCGGACACCGGAAGCGGCGUGCUCUUUCUCAACAACAUCACCAUGUCCCAUGCCGGGAAGUACGAAUGCGUGGCCUCCAAUCCUGGCGGGACAGCCAAGGUUCUAUUCCACCUGACCGUCAACCUGUCUAACCAGCAGUCCCGCUCCUACACGUCUGUGGAUAUCAGCCAAGAACCCCUCUACGACAUGGAAAGCAUGGAGUUCAACGCGCUCAGCAUGGCCACCCAGACGGCCAUCGCCGUCGGGAUCUCCCUGCUGGCUCUCACCGCCCUCCUCCUGAUCUUCAUGAUCUACAGAAAGCAUCACAAGAGAAAAAAAGCCAAAAAGGAGGAGAACAUCCUGUACGUGAAUGACUACUCCGAUGGGCCCACCACCUUCGCCCAGCUGGAAGAAUACAGGGACGAGCGCGGGCACGAGAUGUUUGUGAUAGACAGAAACAAGGCCCAUUUCCCAACCUAUAAGGACGCGGAAGGGCUGAGCAGCUUUAUCGGUCUCUCCGAGCUGGCCGAGCAGCUGCAGGACCAGGGGACGCAGACGCCGGAGGGCGAGUCAGAGCGUCCCAUCAAUGACCUCUUUCUAAACCAGGGCUUUCUGUUCCAGCAGCAGAUUGCCUAUGAGAUCCACUGCUAGAGGACAAUAUAUUAUAAUGUGUUAGAGGUUGUGGUUGUUGUACAGUACGCGGGAGGUGGGGUUGGGGGAGGGGGGGGGGGUGUUAAGAACAAAAAGCUGCAAAUUUUAAUACUGCGUAUAUUUUAUAGGAUGACCGAGAUUACUAUGUUACAGGGCUGCAGUCGUUUAACGAGCAACUGAAUCUCAUUUUCUACCCCUUACCGCCUCGCGGUGAAAUGUCCUGGCUGUCUUAUCAGUAAGUGGCGGCCGGUACGGAAGAGGUUACAUGGAUAAGAUGAUUAUCAGAGCUGACAGUCCUCGGGAGACAUUCUGCAUUCUCCUGUAUGUCAGGCAGAUCUCCCCCCGGCCCCCCGGCUGUCAGUAGAAGCGUUUUCAUAUCACUGUCUGACACACACAGAGGACAACAAGCUGGGUGGCGGAUCGCGGGCUCCGAGAUGCUGUCAUCCCGCUCAUCCACACGGGAGAAUGGUCGCGUCUGCAGACGCCGCUAACUGAUACACAACACACGGCGCUUAUAUUGCAGCAGGAGAUGCGUCACCGUCCUCUCAUCUUCUCAAACAUUUUUUCGUUUUUAUUUUUGUAAAUUGUCAGAUUCUUACAGGGUUUAGUUGCUGAGAAGCAGAUUCUGGCUCCGGGCAUAGGGAGGAUGAGGGAGUUAUAUGGUAUAUGGGGGGUGCUUCUGGUAUAUGGGGGCUCUGAUGGCAGCAAUCAGUCUGUUUUAGGAAGUUGGCGGUAACUGGGCGUAGGCGGUGAUGGAAGAUUGGCGCUGUAAGGCCCCGUACGUCAGCCCAAUGAAUAUAGUUCCCUAAAGGGCAUUGAUCAGGUUAUUUGGAGGCAGUGGCGGAAAAUUAGCCAGCAGAUGCCCACCGCGUGGACUGCCAGCCUGGCGCCAAAUGUCCAGCUAUGUCUAAAUGGAUGUGUGGCACGAGCCAAUCAGCCAGUAAGUGGCUCAGGUAAGGAGUGAGUCUAAUUAAAGAUGUCUGAUAAUAACGCUGCAAAGCGACUUUAGGUUAUAGUGUCACACUGGCGGUUCCUGGUUCCUAUAGGUUAUACAUGUGUCCUCCUAAAGUGUAUCUGUAACUGUGUAACCGCCUAAAUACAACGUACAGAAUACAGGGGGUUAGCCAGGGUCUGGUUUUAUAUCUUUCUCUAACGUCCUAGUGGAUGCUGGGGACUCCGUAAGGACCAUGGGGAAUAGACGGGCUCCGCAGG